AUGCCUGACAUGCAGAAGAAAUCUGAUGCAGUACUCAUGAGGGCCACUGCACAAGAGCUGAAGACGUUGAUUCCUGGCCCAGCAAAGGGCGUGAUGGCACUCGACAUCAUUCACUGGGCCAUGAAUCAGGCCGUCUCCGACGACGCAAAACAGAGGAGGAAGUGGUCCAAGUACAAGACCUACUGGGCUCCUAAUGACCGUCGUGCCGCAUUGUACUGGGAGACGGCUAUCGUGUCGCCGGCGGUCAUCGGUGGGGAGCCUAAGGAGGAGGAAGAACCGGUGCAGAUGCUAGUGAGGGCGCCGGAGCCAGGCCGUCGUACGUGGCAGAUCGACCUCGACUCCUCCAACAGCAACAAUGACCCGCGGCCCCACACGGCGAUGGACAAGAAAAUGAAGGCCAGACACUCGACCCGCCGCUCCGCACGCCGGUGA